CUGAAGUUUUUGUAAUUGCUUUUGAAUUAUUUUUAUUUGUUAGCAGAUCAGCGGAUAAUGUUUAUGACUUAAAAAUAGGUACAGGAAAAUUGAAUCAAGCACCAUCUAGUGAGAAUGUUUAAUAUAUUAAAUAGUUACUAUGGCAAUGGAUAGAAUACAAACUCAGAAAUUAAUAAAAAUAUGUACAACUGUACAAGUGUACGCGUGCAUAUUCUGUUCGAAUAAAUUUGUGAUAUGUGAAAUAGAUCAGAUCACUCACAGUUUUAAAUAUUUUUAAUAAUUUUGACUAAACGAUUUUAUUAACUUACGUCACGUUUAAAUUGUAAAAGAAAAAAUAAAAAUGGCUAGUUUUGACAGUAGCAUUGACCACAAAAAAGAGAAGCAUAGGAAAACAACAGAUAUAAUAAGUAAUCAGGAUACAACUUCUAUACCAAUUUAUCGUCGUAGACGCAUUGCAAAAACAAAACAUAUAUUGAAAACUUGCAAUGCUCAUGAAUAUCCAUCAGAUUGGGUAAUCGAUAAUAGUAUGAAUGAAUUGCCAUUGAGGAAUAAAAGUGAAACAUAUGAACAUGAAAGAAGUAAAAGUUUAAAUGAGCUCAGUAUUUCACAAAAACAAGCAUCUGAAGAAGGUGAUGCAGAUUCAGGUAUUAUUUCAUCAAAAACAAAAAGACUUAUCUCAAAGGACACAACAAAAAUAAUUAAUGAGUAUAAUAAAUUGGGAAAACGUUAUAAAAGUAUUAAGGAAGAAUGUCAAAAAUUGAAUGAUAUAUUGGAGCAAAGAGAAUUAGAGCAUAAGAAAGUAUGUUCACAUUAUGAAGUAUUAAUUCAUGAAUUAGAAGAAGCCAAAAUCACUUUGGUUAAACAUAAUCAAAAACUUGAAAUAGAGAAAGUUCAAUCAACUGAAGAUAUAGCACUUUUAAAGAAUAUUGUUUACCAGUUAAAUACCGAAUUAGAAAGAUAUCAAGACAAGUUAGGAGAUCAAAAGCGUGAACAUAUAUACACAGAAAAUAAAAGGAAGUACGAUUCAAGAAUUUGGAGAAGUAUUAAUUUUCAUGCAUUGGGUCCACUUUUAAACGCUUACCAAGAAAAUUUAUCAGAAAAGCAAGAACUUGUACAGAUGUAUGAACAGGAAAUGGCUGAUUUUAGUAGUAGAUGCAAAGAAAUCCUUGUGGAAAAUGAAUUUAUGCACAAAGAAGUAGAGGAAUUGAAAUUAGAGUGCAAUAGGUAUGCAAAGGAGAUUAAAAAAUUGGUUGAAAAUAUUACGUCGCUGAAAAACCAAAAUGAUAUUUUAAAAAAGGAGGCUGCAAAUAUAAAAAGAGAAAUUAAUGAUACUCAUUCAUCGUAUGAAUUAAAAAUGGAAGUAAUUUUAAAAUAUAAUGAAACGUUAAAAAAAGAAUAUACUACUUCGGCAUCAGAAUUGAGCAAUCUACGUGGAAAAUACGAAAUUUUAAGCAAAGAGUUUGAAAAAAUGAAGGGUAAAGAAAGUGUACCUACUAUUAUUCAUACUACCGCUAUUGAAGAAUAUAAAACAUUGUUAGAUGAAUUAAAGCAUCAAUAUGAAAGUGAAAAGCGCAAUCUUUGCAAUCAUAUAAAACGAAUAGAGGAAAAUCAACCUGAGAACGAAAAACAACUUAUAAUGGUUACAGCUGAAAGGAAUUAUUUAAAGGGUCUUGUAGAAAAACUUGAAACCAGUGUAAAACAAACGCAACGUAAAAUUGAACAUAUGCAAACUCUUAUUUAUUCGACUCGAGUUUCACGUAAUUCUUUAAAAGAGAAAUUAAGUAAAAUGACUGAUCAUUGCGAAGAAUUAUUUUCCGAGUAUGAAAGAAUUGUUGCAGAAAGAGAAAAAUUACUUGUCUUUUUAUGCGAAACGGAAAAAGAAAAUGCAAAUGUGGAUCGUCUUGGUAAAAGUAUUAACAAUCGAAUGGAAGGCUUAAAAAGCCAAUUGGAAAUUGUUCGAAAAGGUACGAAACAACAGGUAGAUUCUGUGGAGAAACGUAUAAAAUUACAAGAAGUUCGUGUACGCCGGAUGAAACUUGACUAUCAACGUAAAAUACAAUAUUUGAAUGAUAUAAUUAAGCAACAAGAGAACAUUAUUGAAAAAUUACAGAAAGAGAAGUAUUCUAGUCAAGAGAAUUUGACAAGACGAAUAGUUCAGACAACAAAUUAUGCUAAUCCAGACACCUAUAAUACUGAAACAAAAAAUUCAUGA